UGCCGCACCCCCUCCGUGCUUGGCAAGAGGAGCCACCAAGAGAGGCCUCCAUGGAUGAAUGGGAAGCACCCCAGUGGAAGAAGGAAAUCGAAAGCCUUAAGUACCAGCUGGCUUUCAAGAGGGAAUUGUCCUCCAAAACCAUCCCGGAAUUCCUUAAGUGGAUAGAAGACGGCAUCCCAAAUGACCCGUUCCUGAAUCCAGAACUGAUGAAGAGCAACCCCUGGGUGGAGAAAGGCAAAUGUGUCCUCCUCUAAACCUCCC